UUAAGUACACAAAAUUAACUCAAUGCAAAUAUAGCUUUUUAUUUUUAUUAUGCAUUAAUACCACAGGGGAAGCUCCAGGAUAGUAAACUGUUGUAAAUGACAAUAUACUGUAGAACUGUGUUCCUCAACUCCAGACCUCUGCCCCAUCCUAGAGUGUUUUAGAUGUCUCCUCAUAUAAAACACCUGAUUCAACUCAAUAACCUCCUUCCAGAAUGUUAGAAAUGUGGAGCUCAGAUGCCAAAGCCGCUAAACGCCACCUACAAGUUGUCUUGUUUUUCAGGAGGUGAUGUUAGACUGGUCAAUGGUGGUAAUCGCUGCUCUGGUAGAGUUGAGAUCUUUCAUGAUGGCCGUUGGGGAACUGUGUGUGAUGACUCUUGGGACAUUAAAGAUGCUGCUGUGGUGUGCAGACAGCUGGGAUGUGGAAAAGCUCUUAGUGCAAAGAGUAGAGCUUUUUUUGGUCAGGGAAGUGUCCCAAUCUUGCUGGAUGAUGUUGCAUGUUUGGGAAGUGAGAGCAGCAUAAAACAGUGCAAACACAGGGGACUAGGUACCCAUGACUGUAGCCACAGUGAAGAUGCUGGUGUUAUGUGUUCAGACUUGUUAAGAUUGGUUAAUGGCUCUAAUUCCUGCUGUGGAAGAGUGGAGCUGCUUCACAAAGGCCGGUGGGGAACUGUGUGUGAUGAGAGCUGGGACAUAACAGAUGCUGAUGUUGUGUGCAAACAAUUAAACUGUGGCAGAGCCAUCAGCGCCUUUCACAGCGCAGCAUUCGGUCAGGGAAGUGAAGUGAGUUGGACAAAUAAAUUGGGAUGUGUUGGAAAUGAGAGCAGCCUUAUGAAGUGCGUAGAAGGCAGAGAACGUAGCUGUGGUCAUAAUCAAGAAGCUGGUGUUGUUUGUACAGGUGACCUGCAGAUGCCCACGUUUACCAUUAUGUCUCAUUCAGUUGUGUCUCCUGGAGAAAACAUUCAGUUUAGAUGCACAACACCUAAUCCAGGAUGUCAGGAAAAUGCUGAAUUCCACCUGUUUAGAAACAGAUCAUCCACAAUAUCCUCUCAAACAAGUGUAUCUAGUGUGACUUUCAGUCUGACUGUAGACGUCUCACAUCAGGAUCAGUACAGCUGUGAUUACUCUUACAGGAAUGACAUUAUCAAGUCUUCCAGGAGUAACACUAUUGAAAUCACUGUAGGUGAGUGUAUUCAGGCCAGCUGACAGUCUUGCUUGGGCCCAGGACAAGAUAAUCUGUGACUCUCUCUCUCUUCUCUCUCAUUGGUGGCUUGACUCUGUCCCUUUGCUACGUGGCAACAACCCCUCCUGCAUACAUAACGUUUUGUGUCAGGCUUUUAUACUGGAGAUGCACCAAUUACAAUUUUCUAAACCCAUUUUUUCCCGCUUUACAUACAAGUAUUUACUUUCUAUAUUUUUUAUAAAACACCAUAUACUUCCAAACUGAAUAAUAAAAUUAAGUUUAAAAUGAGUACAUUUUCUAUAAACGCCUUCAUUUUUUUGUUUUCUGACAUAGCUUACUGCAGUUCUUGUCAAAACACACAUGCAAAAUCUGUGGCACUUUUUCUGUGAAAUCAUAUUUAUUUUGUCCAUUAAAAGUGUGUUUCACUUUAAUUAAGCAUGAUCAGCGCAGCAAAAAUAGAUGUGUAAAUGCACUCAUUAUUAUUAAAACCAGUUAAACGUCAACCCCCUCUUUUGAAAACCCCAAAAAGUCAUACCCAAACUAAAAUUAGAUACAGUUCAUGAAGCCUUUGCACUAAAAGCAUAAGCUUAGCACACCAUCAAAACACAACAAAUAGUGGGAUUAAACCAUGUUUUUGCUACAAACUCAGUUUAUAACAGAAUUUGAGUGUUUUAAAUAACCAUAUGUG